AUGGCACAACGAGCACCCAAAGUUGGCAUCAUUAUCUUCUCGAUGUACGGCCAUGUUGCCAAACUCGCCGAGGCCGAAAGAGCUGGGAUAAUGAAAGCUGGAGGGACAGCUGAGAUAUACCAGUUCGUCCGGAUCAUUUGGGGAGUUGCCGAAACGUUGUCGCCUGAUGUUCUGGCGAAGAUGAAAGCCCCGCCCAAGCCGAACUACCCUAUCAUCACGACGGAGAACAUCCAGCAGUUCGACGCUAUGCUCUUCGGGAUCCCAACUCGUUACGGAAACUUUCCUGCACAAUGGAAGGUCUUCUGGGAUGCGACCGGGAGGCUAUGGACUGCUGGAAAGUUGUCUGGCAAGUACGCCGGCGUUUUCAUCUCGACUGGAACCAUGGGCGGGGGCCAAGAGACGACUGCAAUCUCUACCAUGUCUACCCUCAUGCAUCACGGGAUGAUAUUCGUUCCACUUGGAUACGCACAUUCGUUUGACCUCAUGAGUAGGAUGGAUGAAGUCCGUGGAGGAUCGCCUUGGGGAGCAGGAACGUUUGCGGGAGGAGACGGCUCUCGGAUGCCAUCGCAACUUGAGCUGGAUAUCGCGGAGAUUCAAGGCAAGGCGUUCUGGGAAACUGUCAGUCGAGUUCGAUUUGGAUAG